GUUCUAUGAUGAAACCACUUCAGAUAUCUCCACAUCUUCCACACACCCAAUCAAUAUACCUGUCCUAUAUUCAUAUCUAUACAUAAGCUGCACAAGCUGUUUCAAACGCUAUCUUAAAUUUUGCACCACCUUCCGGUGCCUUCGUCCCGGUUUACAGGCACAAGGUAUUCCGGUAAUUGUCUGCUGCGAGACAUAUAAGUUUUGGGCGGCGCGAGUUCAAACGGACUGCUUUGUGUACAACGAACUUGACAUCCCCACAGAUCUGAUCCCCCCACCCAACCGAACCGACGAUGCCGCACCCUCUCCGCUAGACAAGGAUGAUUUACCUACCAACAUCGGCAUGAUCAAUAUAGUAUACGACGUCACUCCCCCGGAGUUCAUCGACAUGAUUAUCACGGAGAUUGGCAUGAUCCCCUGCAGCUCUAUUCCCGUGAUCCUGCGAGAGUAUGAUGUGUACAAGAAGGAGGGUGCGGCGGUGGUGUGAGGCUAUUUAUAGAAAUAUCUGCGGACCAAUUAGAAUAAAGCUUAGCCCGGCAUGGUCGUUGGUGGUUGUGCUUGGAGAUGUGUU